AUGAGCAACAAUCCUGUAGGCAACUUGCCCUCUGACUCGGAGAAGCUACAGUUACCCAACCGUCAUUGCCUACUCCCCGAUAUCUAUCAAGUCCGUAACCACAUCAAGGCGCCGCGUUAUGGGUUGUAUCUUGGAAAGCUCUACGUCGCUUUGAUCGACAGCUCACCCGGGCACAUAAACAAAGUCGCACAAUACCUGGAGACCGCUCAGUGCCCAAAUGGUACUGCUGAGGGCAUCAUCGAGUCAGGGAGUGCUUCAGCCCCGAGAUGCUGGAACAAUAAGUUCUAUUCUACUAUGCAGCUUAACCUCUCGCCAGCACAAACCAGUGAUGUGGUUGAAGCGCGCAAAAACUUCUCGUCCAACCAGGGCCACUUUGGUGCCGUUCACAUCGACAAAAAAGACGCUCUGGCUGCAUUCACUCAUCUCACAUCCUGCGGCGACCUUCUUGGUGGUGAAGAACCGGGAUAUUUCUUUAUCCUCCCUUUUGGAGUUGGUGUGCGUCUGGAAGGUGUCUGCUCUGUUGGUUUCUCUGGGCGACACCGUCAUGGCGGGUUUCCACCUACUGCUCUUCCUGGUCGCACUCCGCACAAAGCCUUCUACCGGAUGGUUGUCGUGUCCUACCCCUCGCAUGCCCAAUUUGGCGCUGUUGGCAAGAUCGCCUUUGGCCACUCGGGACGAGACUCCUUAGAUCUCGUCAAGGAGUUCAGGGAUCCAAAGUACGACAACCGCGCAUUCAAGGGGUCGACAAGUUCGAUGCUUACAGACGGUGUUGCCAUCACAAGCGACAAAGCCCUUGUUAAUUUUGCUGGUCGAGGUAUCGCACAACUAGCUUUUGGUUUGCUCAAGCAGCUCCCUUCCUCGCUCAAUGUCAAGCUCGAUGUUGACACUCUCCUCCAAUCUAUCACCUACCAGCCCCAGGGUCAGGAGCAGCGUCUCUCGCUUGACCCUUGGCCUCUUGCUCCUGGCCGUGAAGGCUCUACCGCACGUGCUGAUGGCUUGGAGCGGUGGGAGGCCUGCAACAAGGCCAUCCAAGCCUUCUUUCCUGAAGGAGUAGCCCGUACUGGAGGUACCGAGUCAGAGGAGGCCAGCGAUGAAGGUGAUGGGGGCAAUGGUUCUGAUGGUUCAGACGAAGAUCAGGCAAGUUCAUUGCGUGUCCUACGCUCUAAAAAGCGCUCCACAGCUACGCGCCCAACUAGUGGUGGGCGAAAAGUCAAGAAGGGCAAGGAAACGGCAGUUCUUGCGGCAACGUUCCAGAAGGGACAUGUGAAAACGAUGCAGCAAAUGCGGCUUCAUGAUCCAUUUCAAAAACCUAGCAGUUCGUCACAGCACAUCUCUAUGACUCCUGAGCCUGAAGAAUCAAACGAGGACGAGAACAAGAGCAUAGACACGGCUCCCACCUGGACUUUGAGGUCUAACCGGGAGCAGCGUAGCGACUCUGAGGGCAAUAUCCCCCAGAAAGACUUGUCAAGCCUUUCUGCUGAAGAGAGCAGCAGCGAGGACACUGCCUCUGACUACAUGCCAGGCGCACCGAAGAAGGGCAAACAAGUUGCCAUACUUCCAUCAGCAAAGCAGUACUCUCAUUACUGGGUGCAAAGCAGGGCACUUCAUGCUACAGAUGACGGUGAUGCUGCAGAUAUCAUGGAGGUCGACGAACCUCAGGCAGAGAGUGAACCAGAUGUAGAAAUGUCUGACGAUGGAGAGACCACUUUGCGUUCCUACACAACAUUCUUGGAAACGUUCGGAGAGGUCAAGUUGCGUGAGCAUCUGAACCUCUUCACGAAGGCAGCAAAGUCUCUCCAACGUGCAACUCAGGAACCUCUGACUGCAAACCGUGUUGACUCCUACCGUACGCUUAUCAGUGUCGUAGACGGGGUUAGCAAGAAGAAGCAAGUCUUCUCUCAAGACCUCCUCUCCCAUCUCUCCACCGUAUGGCCUGCCAUCGAGACUCAAACUGCACUCCUGGAGCUCCAUUCUCUGCAGCUUGACAUGGGAAGAGCGGAGGUGAUGGCCGCAGUUGCUGCAGCCUGGACAUGGCUUGAUGUCAACCUGCUAAAGGCUUGUAAAGAUCUACUUGCCAGUCCUUCAAUAGCAACGGAGGUCACUGGCAGUGGAGCAUGGCUCGGUCACUUUCUGGCGGACGUACAAGCCUACGUUGGGAGUAACUCGCGUGUUACUUUCAGGCCCUCUUCAUAUGGCCUCGAGCUUCAGGAUGAUCCUGUGGUCAACUUCCAUACCAUCAGUGGACGCUUGCAGUCCAGCGCGCGCGAGAAGCGCAUCAUCUCCAUCGCUCACAAAACCUUGUGGACUUGGCUCCGCUACCCAUCCCGGGAUAUGAGCCGAGUUCAAGGUACCCUCGUGCGCCAUCUGGUCAUGACCUUUGGCUCUGAUGUUCUUCUUCUCCCGGGAAUCUGGGCGGCCUUCCGCAACGCACGUGCAACCUGUCUUUCUGGCAACGAUCGCACUCUCACUUCCGUCAACUUCCAACCUGACCUGCUCAAUGACUUCCUCAAGGACCUGCAACGUCUCCCGUUGGCCAACGCUGACUCGGUUGAGGCCAAGUUGUACGAGCAGAUUCGCACGCAGCUGGAAAGUUACCAUGAGAACUGGAAACAGGUUCUCAGCGGGAGUACAGCGGUCGCUCCCCGUCCGCAUGUGAUGGAACUGGAGGCUGGUCCCUCAGGUUCUUCCCCGCGCAGCGGUGUUUCCACCCCGUCUCCAACCACCACUGCUGCCAAGACUCUCGAGACGUUCAUCCGCUUCCUUCUUAUCUUCCUUUCAUCAGACAAAGUUCAGGAGGAUAGCUGCGAGAGCCCUUGGCAAAUUGUCGUCUCUCAAGACCUCGACUUCUUCCUCCCCUUCCGCCAACAUGCUCCACAGGUCCUGGCUGCUCGAGACAAGUAUGCCUUCCUUGAUCCAGAGCGCGCUGGUCAGCCCGGGGCUUUGGGAAGUCAUAUCUGCUGGCGCGCUCUCUCCUACCGGUCAACUUGGUCCGAAAAGCUCAUGGACUCCACCGGCUUUCGCGAUCUCUUCUUCCGGGACUAUGCUUCAUUCAAAGCCGAAAUCGACCACCUCUCCGGGUCUUUGAAGCUCACUGGCCGUGCCCUUCUUCUCUACGUCUGCAACCUCAACGCCUAUGGGACUGCACGCCACCAGGAGCUCAAGUUUGCUGAGGCUUACUUUGCAGCAGAGAAGGGGUGGAAAGCUUUGUUGGGCGAUAGGGAGCGGGUGGAAUAUCUCGAGGCCCACAAGUUCUUCACCAAAUUGCACGGUAUCGGUCCCCUCAUAGCAUCCCUCAUCACCUCAGAUCUCGUUUACUCGGGCCAGGUCAAGAUGCCUGACAUCGCGGAAAUGGGAGUGAUCAUCCAUCAGAUCUCCAAAGGCGCUGUCUCUGGUCUCAACUCCCUUGGACUUCUCCACUCGGCCACCAACAAGCAUUCUGUCGAUGUUAUCCAGAGCGCUGCAGUCAACCUCUACAACUCCCUCCACGACUCCUUCACCCCCGACGAACGUUCCCAAAUGACGUUUGAUCCUAUCAUGUUUGAGCACCUUCUAUGCAAGUAUCAGCGUGUGGAGAGAAAGGUCAAGGCAUUUGAGAAGGAGCUUGCGAAGAACGCGAAGAAGAAGAAGGCCCCAAAGAGGCGCUAG